AUGAACUUCGUAAUAAUGCCCUCAAAAAAUAAUAAAAAAAACCUCGUACGGUACACCCAUACCAAUAAUACUUGCCACAAUCUCUCUCUCUUCUCUGCUGACUGCUGAGUGCUGACUUCUAGGAUCUUCUGCAAAUUGAUGCUGCAAUUUCAUAAUCUGGAUGUAAACUCGAGAAAAAGAAUUGGAGAUGGUGCUUUAAUUGAAGGGGCAUUUUGUUGGCAAAGAAGUGAAGGUAGUGAAUUGACGGGUUUCAUUCGUGUUCAUGGCGGGGACUGAAGACAUCCUUGUGAUCAAAUGACAAACCAGGAAGCAUUAGCUACACACGAAGAUUCACUAAGGGUCUCCAUAUUAGGGGAUAGACCAAUGGAGUCAAACUCGACCUCAUCCAAUACACUAAGGCAUCACAUUUCUAACUUAAAGAAGAUACUUUGGGAGUUAUACAUAGGAAAACCCUUGUCAUAUUGGAUUCUUAUACUUCUAAGUGGGGGAGCCAUGCUUAUUGCAUUCCCUGCUUCUAGUCUUUUGUCGCGUCUCUAUUAUUCCAACGGGGGUAAAAGCAAAUGGAUCAUAUCAUGGGUAGCAGUUGCAGGAUGGCCAUUAACUGUUUUCGCCUUAAUUCCUACCUACUUCUUUUGCAACACAUUUCCUACGCGUUUGAACUUGAAACUCACUCUUUGUUAUGCAGUUGUGGCUUUCUUAAGCGCGGCUGAUAACCUCUUGUAUGCAUAUGCAUAUGCCUACCUUCCAGCAUCAACUGCUUCUCUUCUGGCAUCUUCAUCUCUCAUCUUUUCUGCAUUAUUUGGUUAUCUUCUUGUUGGAAACAGGGUAAAUGCUUCGAUUAUAAAUUCUGUUGUCAUGAUUACUGCUGCUUUGACCAUUAUUGCAUUAGAUUCAGACUCAGAUUUAUACGGUAAUGUGAGUAAAACCCAGUACACUAUGGGAUUUAUAUGGGAUAUAUUGGGAUCUGCUCUCCAUGGACUCAUAUUCGCGCUUUCUGAGUUGUUGUUUGUGAAGCUAUUGGGAAGAAUCUCGUUCCAUGUGGUGCUUGAGCAGCAGGUCAUGGUUUCUUUAUUUGCAUUUAUAUUUACAGCAAUAGGUCUUGUUGUGGAUAGGAGUUUCCAAGGAAUGGAAGAAGAGGCCAGAAACUUCAAGGGUGGAAAAAGUUCAUACUGCAUGGUUCUUGUUUGGGGUGCGAUAACAUUUCAAUUAGGAGUGUUGGGUGCCACAGCAGUGCUGUUUUUAGCAUCAACUAUGCUUGCAGGGGUUCUGAAUGCUGUCAGAGUGCCGCUCACAAGCAUUGCAGCAGUCAUACUGCUAAGUGACCCGAUGAGUGGUUUCAAAAUACUUUCUUUGGUUGUUACUUUCUGGGGAUUUUGCUCUUAUAUUUAUGGGAGUAGACCUCCUAAGAAAGAUAAUCCUGCAACUCCAAUGGACGAUGCUGCAACUGGUCUAUGAUUAUUUCAUAGACAUGUUGAUGAUAAACGAUGUUUCCGGUGCCUUUUAUGUUGAUAAAGCUAUUCUGGUCUGAGAUUUAAUCUCAGAAGUUUAAUGAUCUACAUUAUCACCAUACUUCACAAUCACCAAUCUUCACAGCAAAUGAGCAAACUCCCAUUGGAGCUUCCUAUGUCAUAAAUUUGGCUCCUUUAUUGCACAAUUGCAAUUUAGAUCUUUUUUCACGCCUUAUGAAAAAUGUAAUUAGGUUGUAUAUGCUUGCAUAAUUCUGUUGUAUCACAAUAGUUAUGCCUCUAUCAAACGCAUUCCAUAAUCAUGUUUAUUUAAAUGUCAGAAUUUGUGUGCCCUUUUCCCUAUGCCCCAUAUUUGCUGUGCUUAACUUUACCUUCUUUCAAAAAAAAAAAAAAAAAAAAAAAAA